UACCAAAAAAAUGAUUAAGCUCAGAUUCCGCAUCUCACCUUAUUAAUAUUAUGGUUAAAAUUUUUUACUAUCAAUUAAGAGUUUUUGAAUUUAAAAAUUAUGUAUGUAUAUAUUAUAUGUCUCAAUUUGACUUAACUUGCUCAAAAGUAAAAAGAAACCUAAAAUUCUCUCUUUCCUCUCUUCUGCUCUAAUUAUUAUGUGCGGACACCGAACGAUGUCUAGAGACAUAAAAAUGCACCACAUUACUCUUUUACUGUACUGCGGCUCGGUACUACUCGGUACUCAAUACCGCUUGAUACAACAACAUCCGGACAUAAAGUAGCAUCCGAAGUCCGCACCAUAUAAUUUAAUUAUAAACUAGAACCACAAAUUUAAUAAAAAUCUAGAAAUCCCUCCACCGACAACAUAGCAUAUUUAACAAUAUAUAUAUGCACACGUAAUAAUUUGUUAGGAAUCACUGUACAGCUCAUCUUGGCCAGUUCAUUGUGGAUUUUGAUUAUUAAUAUAGAGAUUUUGAUUAUAAUAUAUGUAUAUAUAUAACGUGCAAGAAUUCAAUUUAUAGGAAAAAAAAAAAAACACUGUACUUCAAACCGUGCAAACCAUAAAUUGCUGAAAAGCACCAGUGCUAUACUGCUAUGUAGUAUGUACGACUUUCAUGAAUACACAUAACCCACUUUUUCUUCACAAAAAAAAAACUCAAUUUAUUACAAACCUACCCUAUCCAUCUUUCUGGUUAAUUAAUUAAUUUCUUUGCUCAACAUAUACCCCUGCGAGCUUCUGAGCUUGCAAACCAAUCACCUAAUUAGCAGCUUCAGCUAACGACAUGGUCUCAUCAAAGGUCAGUAGUAACGUGUCACUUGCCACGCCGUCGCCGCCGUCGUCUCCGGCCGCUGCGAACAAGAAACAAAGCCUAUGGGAGGAGCCACCGAGGCAUCAGAAUUAUCUUUCGAAGAGGCAGAUGGAGUCGCUCGUCGCCAUCUGUGACACUUUACUUCCUUCAAUGGAUCCUCCUCCUCGUGAUUCUCAUGACUCAGGAGAUGUAGACGGCGUCGCCACCUUCUACCGGACUUCUGCCUCCAUGGCCGGAAUUACUGAACGAGUUGGAGGAAUUAUAUCAGGUGGUAUGAUACACCCGCAAAUGGCAUUAUUACGAUGGGCUCUUCUUCUAUUGUCGACGUGGUUUGGAACGCUUGUAUUGUGCGGUCGACACAGCCUCUCGCCAAGAUUCCCAUUCGUUAGGCGGUUUGCGAUGCUAGAACAGGAUAAGCGGGAGGAGAUAGUUUUUUCAUGGUCCUCCAGCAGUUUUCGUCACUUGAGAAUGAUGUAUACAUGUGUCAAAUGCCUCACUAUGCGCUUCUAUUUCUCCCAGGUCAACGAGAAGGAGGAGAACCCGUCCUGGCAAGCAAUUGGCUACUGUGGACCCGAUCCAUCACUCGUUGAUAAAAGUCAACCCGCCAUAAGCCACCACGAAUCUCCCCUCAAGUCGACUCUUCUCCACCUAAACAGCCCACCGGAGAUCAUCGCCGGCAAACUCCAUCAAGCUGGUUUCACUUCCCCCACUUUCACAAUCAACUCCAUGCUCACCCUCCACUGCGACGCCGUCAUCAUCGGCUCUGGCUCCGGUGGCAGCGUUGCCGCCGGCGUCCUCGCGGCCGCAGGCCACAAGAUCCUCGUCAUUGAAAAAGGCGACUAUUACUCCCCUUCCGAACUCUCCCUUCUCGAGGGCCCCACCUGCUCCGCCAUGUAUGAGGGAGGUGGCUUUGCCGCCACCGACGACGUAUCGAUGUUCGUUGUCGCCGGCGCCACAGUCGGCGGCGGCUCGACCAUCAACUGGUCGGCUUCUAUUCCCACUCCCCAAAGCGUCCGGCGAGAAUGGUGCGACGAGAGGCGGCUCGAGCUGUUCGGAAGCAAGGCUUACGAUAUCGCGCUGGAAGCGGUUUGUCGGCGCCUGGGCGUACAGUCGCGGGUAAACGAGGAGGGUUUUAACAGCGCUGUUCUCCGGCGGGGGUGUGAAGCUGCGGGGUAUGACGUGGCGGACGUGCCGUGUAAUGCGCCGCCCGAUCAUUAUUGCGGGUGGUGUCAAUUUGGGUGUAAGGAGAGGAAGAAGAAGAGCGCGUUGGUGACGUGGCUGGAUGAUAUGGCGAGUUCGGGAAACGGGUUCAUUCUUCCCGGUUGCCGGGCGGUUAAAGUUGUAAAGGUAUCGGGGAAAAAGCGCCCGGUCGCCGCCGGCGUCGUCGUCGAAUCUUCCGCCGGAUCCCAAUUCACGAUCACGUCGAAGGUGACGAUAGUGGCAUGUGGCGCCCUAAAUACCCCCCGUCUUCUGAAGCGAAGCGGGUUGCGAAACCGACACAUUGGGAAAAACCUACAUCUUCAUCCUACUGUAAUGGCCUGGGGCUACUUCCCCGAAAGCUCCGGCUGGCCGGAGAAAACCAAAAGAAGCUACGAAGGCGGAAUACUCACCUCAAUGUCACGGCCAAAUGGCUCCAACAAUGUAAUACUCCAAACACCUGCCCUACACCCAGGAAUAUACGCCGCUCUAGUCCCAUGGGUCUCGGCCUCCGAUUUCCGUCUCCGAAUGCGUCGAUUCGCAAGAACCGCUCACAUAUUCGCAUUGGUAAGAGAUCAAGGCAGCGGCGCAGUCGAUUACCCUGGAAAUUUAACGCACCAGCUAACUGAAGACGACGAGAAGGGGCUAAAGGAAGGGUUGGAAGCGGCGGUUAGGGUUUUGGAGGCGGCGGGAGCGGAGGAGGUGGGGACGCAGUGGGUGGGAGGGGACAAGGGAAAAGGAAGGGAAGGGGUGGAGAGGGUUGUGAAUGGGGUGAGGAAGAGGAGAAUUGGGGAUGUGAGGACGCCGAUGUCUUCGGCGCAUCAAAUGGGGAGCUGUAGGAUGGGUGUGACAGAGAAGGUGGGAGCGGUGAGGCCGGACGGCGAGGCUUGGGAGGUCGAGGGUUUGUUUGUGGCAGAUACUAGUAUUUUUCCGACGGCGCUCGGAGUGAAUCCGAUGGUGACAGUGCAGGCUGUGGCGUAUUGCAUUGCGCAGAAUGUCGAUGAGGUGCUGCGGAGGAAGACGGUAGAUUCGUCGGGGGCUUUGUAUCUUUAAUAUUAGCCAUAUAACAAAAUUUGAGCGGUGAGACAGACUCUCUCUCAUUUUUAUUAUUAUUUUGUUUUGGGAGAAAUCAAUUUUAUCUUUGUUGGGAAUAUUUUCCCCUUUCUUACAAAAUUUGUAAAUCUAUGGAAUAAGAGAGGAUAUCAUUUUAAAACGGCUCCA